CCACCCUAACCACCCAUGGCGCUCUCCUCCCGCGCCGCCGCCUUCCCGCACGCCACCCUCCCCACCCCGCGUCCGCGCCCGCCCGCCGCCGUCUCCCUCCGCCCGCCGCCGCCCCCGCGCUCCGUGCGCCUCGACCACGUCACCCCCGCCGACCUCGGCCUCGGCCUCGGCCAUGGCCUCCUCGCCGCCGCCAUCGAGCACCUCGAGCGCGACCCCGCCGCCGCCGACGACAAGGCCCCGCUCGCCGGCCUCUCCCCGCGCGAGCUGCAGCUCGUGCUCGUCUACUUCGCGCAGGAGGGCCGCGACGCCUACUGCGCGCUCGAGGUCUUCGACUGGCUGCGCCGCGCCGACCGCGUCGACGGCGAGACCAUGGAGCUCAUGGCCGCCAUCGCCUGCGCCUGGAUCGAGCGCCUCGUCGGCGCCGGCGGCGACGUCGCCGACGUCUCCGCGCUCCUCGGCGAGAUGGACUGCGUCGGCCUCCGCCCCGGGUUCAGCCUCGUCGAGAAGGCCGUCGCGCUCUACUGGGACCGCUGCGAGAGGGCGCGCGCGGUAGAGUUCGUCAGGGACGUGCUCAGGAGGGGCGCCGUAGGCGCGGGAGAGGACUACGACGGCGAGCGUGGAGGACCCGUCGGGUACCUCGCAUGGAAGAUGAUGAUGGAUGGGGACUACAGGGAUGCUAUUAAAUUGGUCAUUGAAUUCAAAGAUAGUGGACUGAAACCUGAAGUGUAUAGUUAUCUUAUUGGGUUGACUGCCUUGGUUAAAGAGCAAAAGGAAUUCUCAAAGGCCUUGCGUAAGUUGAAUUUGUCUGUGAAGGAUGGCUCAGUUGCCAAACUGGAUAUUGAGAGCAUGCGCAGCAUUGAAAAAUAUCAAUCAGAACUAUUAGGGGAUGGCGUUCUUUUAUCAAACUGGGCAGUUCAGGAAGGCAGCAGUGAUGUUCUAGGACUUGUGCAUGAGAGGCUCCUUUCAUUGUACACUUGCGCUGGUUGCGGCUUAGAAGCCGAGCGCCAACUUUGGGAAUUGAAGCUUGUUGGUAGGGAACCUGAUACGCAACUCUAUGAUGUUGUUUUGGCCAUAUGUGCUUCUCAAGGGGAAGCUGCUGCUGUUCGACGACUGCUUGCAGGAGUCGAGUCAACCAGUGCAGGGAGAAGGAAGAAGUCAAUGUCAUGGCUCCUGCGAGGCUACCUCAAAGGUGGUUUCUGUCUGGAUGCCUCAGAAACACUAAUGCGGAUGCUCGAUAUGGGGUUAUGUCCUGAUUACCUGGACAGAGCUGCUGUACUGACCUCACUGCGGAGAAACAUACAAGAAUCGGGCAACCUAGAAUUGUAUAUGAAACUCUGCAAGCGCCUAUCUGAGACAGAUCUGAUCGGACCGUGCGUCAUAUAUCUAUAUGUGCGCAAAUUCAAGCUGUGGAUGAUGCACAUGCUGUGAGGAUUUCGUCAAAGCCUUGAAUCAUAUGUAUAUGCAAGUGGGCGUACUUAGGUUCGAACUGCGGGUGCUUCAUAUGCUUUCAUAGCUUUGAUUCGAUGAACUAGGCGUAGAAUGUGUGGACUAGGGUGAACCAACAGAUGCAUAAUCUUGGUUCCUUGUAUAUUUUUGACUGGAAAGGAGUUCUCUGCGAGUGUUCACCCCCAUCAUAGCUGCUGUUGUAAUGUUAAACAGAGUACAUAAGAGUGUAAAUUUCAGUGUUACUAUCUCCAGUUGUAUGUUGAGUGGAGGGCGCUAGCUGCUGUAGGGGAGCAUAUACCAAAGGAGGGAGUGUUCAUCAAUGUACACUUGUCCUACAAACCAUUUACAUGUAUAUAGUUGAAAAAAGGUGCUUGUAAAGUUGUGAUA